GCCCGCCCCAAAUCCAAACCGCAGACGGCGGAUCCUCAAGAAGGAUGGAUCCGAUCGUCAUAUAUUAAUAUAACAAUUAAACUGUGGGUCAAUCCUGACGACACUCGGCCGAAGAUAAGCAGUAUAGGUUAGAGCUAACGCGCGGCUGGCUGGAAGAAUAGCGCGCGCUCGCGGCGUUGCCAGCUACUCCAAAACCGCGUUAAGAAAAGAAUCUUCUUUCCUGAUUCCAAUCCCUCUAUCUCUUCUAAUCCGUUCUAGAGAAUUCUAAUUCCACCCCCUCCAUCAUCAUUUUAAAGCCUUCGCCUUUUUUACUCUUAAGUCUCAUCCUACACCCCCACCAUAUACACUCCUCUCUCCAGCCAGUAGCUAGGUCGAUCGGAGAUAGGUAGGACAGAGGAGAUAUCAGAGUUCACCGGAAAUGAAGCACAUACUACUACAGGAAAUGGAACGAAUGGAGAGGAAGGUAGAGCAGCUGCGAGCAAGAACAAAACGGCGUAAGAAGUCAAAGAAGAAAGCCGAAGCGAAGCUGAGAAGAAUGCAAAAUCAAUAUGAAGAGGUCAGGAUAGCCAAUCGGCAAGCACAUCAGCAAGUAUACCAAGACAAUGCUUUCGCAGAGGCCUUUGUCCAUAUUAAUCUUGCCAUUUUCGAAGCUGAAGAUGCAGGCGACUUCCUCACCGGCGAGCAACUUGCGCAAACUCUCCGGUUGGUUUUCAUAACACCGUUCCUGAAUAUCUUCUUGGAGUUAAUCCGAUUUCUCUCAUAUUUUCCCCUUUUGAUUAACUGGCAUGUAGUGAUCUGAUGGCACGUGAGGAUGAAGAAAAACAAGAUUCUGAUGAUGAUGAGGAUGAUGAUUAAUUUCUGCUAAUUAAAACACAAAGCAUCUUUUCCACUGUUUUUGUUUGACUGUACGUAUGACGAUGACCAGAAUUGAUUUUUGUUAGAUUCUGAUAAGAGUAAGGUUUUUUUUAAGCUCAAAUUGCACUGAAUCACGGAUAAAUGAGAGUGCAAUAUAUCCUUAUCUAAACUGUAUAAUACUUUUUUUUCUUAAUAAUGGUCUUUUAAAUAGUUCAAUAACAAUUAAAAAACGUCCUUAUACUUUGAUGAUCAUUUCAUCUUUAUAAAGGACUUUGCUUGCUAAGAUUUAGAGGUGUGAGAUUGAAAUCUUAUACUAAUAUUUAAAGGUGUGAGAUUCGAAUCUUAUUCUUAAUAUUUAAAAAAAAAUUUGUUCAAUAACAAUCACCCAACUGUUUUUGUAGUGGGUGCUCUUUUCCUCUUUUUAUCAUUUUUAAUGUAAUUAGAUGCAUAAUUGGAAAGAUGCUUUGGUUUGAAUAGCAUAGAGCCAGUGCUCUUUUAGGUUGUUCCUCGUCAUUCACCUCACCUGUGUUUGGUAUUGGAUCGGUCCUGUGAUCCGAUGCAAUUGCUUUGUAUCCCCUUCUUUUAACUAUUAAUGAUAUAUAUCUAUGAUCCAUAAAGAAUAUUUGCUUUU